AUACCAUGGACUGUGUUGCUUAAACAACAGAAGUUUAUUCCUCAUAAUUCUGGAGGCUGGGAAGUCCAAGAUCAAGGCGUUGGCAGAUUUGGUUCCUGAUACAGAUGUAAACAAAAGUACCUCCCCGACUGCAGAAGAACAACCAGAUGAACCUGAUGGCUCCUUUCCUGGCUCAACCAGUGACCAAGUAAGAUUAUCUCCAGCCAAAAUGUCAACCAAGAAUUCUACAGAUCUAGUUGAAUAUGUUAACAAGGAUCAUUCUUUCCUUCCUGUCAUUCCAAACACCCAGAGAAGUCAGCUCGACACCAGGCUAAACAGUCAGGAGCGCACGAUCGCUUUCCUCCUUGAACAAGCCUUCCACAUCAAGGAGGACAUCUCUGCUUGUCUUCAGGGGACUCACGGCUUUCAAAAAGAGGAGUUACUAGCCAGGAAGCUACUGGAAAACCAUAUCCAGACCAUCACCAUCAUCGUCAAAAAACUCAGCCAAAACAUUGAGAUUUUAGAAGAUCAAAUAAGAGCUCGAGAUCAGGCAGCCACAGGAAUUAAUUUUGCAGUACAGGAGUUAAACACCAAACACCUUCAAGGAGUUGGAGAUCUUCGAGGACGAGUCGCCAGAUGUGAUUCCAGCAUUGUGAAGCUUUCUGGAGAUAUGCAUUUCAUCAGGCACGAGCACCAGCAAAUUGAAAAAACAAUUCAAAAGCUCGCGUCUGCCAUAGAAACUGUUUCUAAGAACCUGGAUAUGAAGGUAAUGCAGCUCUCAGGGAAGAUAGAGGCUUCCAGUUCUGAGCAAAUCUCAAAUUUAAAGACGGUCCAGGGGGAUUAUCGCCACGAAAUGAAUCUUUUGGAGUUCAAAUUUAAUUCACUUUCAAAUAAUCUGUAUGAGGAAGUUGAGACCAAUCAAAAAUGGACAGAAAAGCAGUUCAUCAAAUGUGAAAAAGACCAGCUCGGCCCUAUGAAUCAGUGUCUGACGCUGCUCCGGGAAAAACUGGAAAAGUCUGAAAAUAAAAUGGAAAAAAAAAUACUGCAGCUUUCGAGCAAAUUAGAGCACUUCAUUACUGCACAGAAACAGACAGCAGAACUGAGCAAAGUAAAGCAUAUAGAAAAUAAACUAUCCAGAAAGAUGACCCAACUGGAAAAGCACAUCUGGGAUGAAUUAGAGAAAAUGCAGAAUGAAUACCAAUCAGGAUUUAAGUCGAUUCAUGACUCUCUCACCUCCCUCCAACAAAUACAGAAAACAAAGAUGGAUUUAGAGAAAUAUAAAGUUCAGAAAGACCUAAAGAAGUUACAGCGUAAGAUAGUGGAACUCCAGGAAGUAUAAAACUUUCCCGUCAUCUUCUUUUUCACCGGCCAAUGAAGUGGUUUGUUGGUAAAAUUUGGGAAGAAGAAACCUCUGGGAUGUUUAUUGCUUCCACUGUCUCUGCAUGUCUUACUACCUUUUAAAAGGAGAUGAAAGCACCAGAAAACCCAAUAAAGCAAAGAAACUUUAUGAGAUUUUCAUUUAUUAAUGAAAAAAUUAAGGAAUUUUUUCACACACACAUAAUAUUUUUAUUUACCUGCAAAUACAAAACAGGCAAUCUACAUAAUAUAACUAAAUGAGUGAAGCAGGCUAUAUGUAAUACAUUAAAUAGCAGGUACUGAGGCAAAUUGGAGACCACUUACCUUGUCUAAAAAGAACAGCCACUGUGCAGUUCCAGUUCAUUAUUAACACAUAUAUGUGAUCUAUUAUUGCCAAAAUUUUCAUUUUUCAAAAGAAACCAGAAAUCUGGGUUUUAUGUGAAACCACUCCAUUUAUAAGCAUUAGCACUAACUACAGUUGAUCCUCCAUAUCCACAGGUUUUGCAUUAGCAGGUUCAACCGUGGAUAGAAAAUAUCCCUCCCUCCAAAAAUCCCAGAAUGUUCCAAAAAGCAAAACUUGAACUUGCCAUGCACCAAACACUGUGCUGAAUCCAUGAGAAUAGUGAUACGUAGGCACACCUUGCUAUAGUCUACAUGCAAAUAUAGAUUAUAUGCAAAAACUAUGCCAUUUUAUAGGAGGAACUUAAGCAUCCUUGGAUUUGGGUAUCCUCGGGAAUGGGGGGUGGUGGUCCUGGGACCAUUCCCCCCUCACCCCAGGACACAGAGGGAUGACUAUAGUUGAAACUAGUUCUUAACCUGUGAGGGAAUGCUUGACCGGGAGAUACCGUCAGUGGGCUGUCAAUUUGCAACUUCUGACCUAGAGGUUUUUGUUUUCUAAUAAUCCCAAUAUUUUUAGCAAGUCUAACAUGCAUAUUGAUUCACUGUAUUCAAUAUGUAUCAGAAUUAUGAGCAACUAAGAGCUAACUCAUACAGAGUAAGAGAAUAUAACAGUUCCCAAGAAAAAUAUCCAACAUGAUUUGAUCUAGGUGCUAAAUUCAAAAGCACUUCAAGAACACUAAUAAGUUUCCUACAAAAUUAAAAUAUUUCUAACUUUUCCAGAUAUAAAUGUUAAAUGUAGAGCCUGGUAUUAUGUAGUAAAAUCAAGAAAAAUAAAGCAAACUCUCCAUGUCUUGUACUAUGCACUAGAGCAAGGACUAAUUUGUAAUCACAGAACUUUUUGUCAACUUGGCAAGAAGACUUUUGCUCUGGACUUAGGCUCCUUCCUUGGUUUAGGGAAGAAGAGUAACAAUUUUUCCCCUAAUAAAGAACAAACUUACCUUCCAAAUAAGUUUACGAUCAAUGCCUCCCUCUCUAAUUUUUUAGCUGUAUGAAACAUCUCCAUUUAUUUUUAUUAAUUUACAUAUAACGUCAUGGAUUAUAUUUCAAGGGAUUUUCAUUAGCAGAAUUUAAGAGUCGAAAACACACCAGCAGUGUGCUUUGCAAUCGAGUGUCAUGCUAGGACAAAGGGCUAAUAUCUCAAGUAAUCUCAAAUAACUCUUACAAGAAAAUAAGAAAUCAAUGUGUUUUUUUUAAUGGGAAAAGAAUAUGAACAGGCUAGCUACAGAGGAGUACAAUCAUAAAUAAAGAUAUGAAAAGACAUUCAACCUACUAACGAAAUAAAAAUUAAAGGACUCCUUAGUGACUAUUUUCAGACUGACAAAUAUUAAAGUGAUUGACCAUGCUGAGUUGACAAGGCUGUAGAGAAAUGUGCAUGCCCAUACAUUAUUGGCGAGUCUACAAAUUGGUACAGUGAUUUAGAAAGCAAUUUGGAAACAUCUAUUAACAUUUUUUUCUUUUAAUUUUUUUUUUAUUGGCGAAUGUUGGGGAAUAGUGUGUUUCUCCAGGGCCCAUCAGCUCCAAGUCAUUGUCCUUCAGUCCAGUUGUGGAGGGCGC